UGAAAAAUCUUUGCCAGUUACCUUUAUUUACACUCCGUCUUGGGCUAGUCCGCAUUCUCACAACGGUAUUAGAUCUUUUCUCGAAGCUCGAAGCCAACCAAUAUCAACAAGGCAGACAGCACAAACCAAACAAUCAGACGAGGAGCUCCCUUGCUCAAUCAAUCAACCGUCACCAUCUACAACCUCGCGAACAAAUAGCCAAACAACCAUGUCUUCUGGCACCACCACCAGCACCACAACAGUAAAGGAAGGCGAUCCAGCAGAACAAGGCACUGCCUGUCCGUACUUGGACACGAUCCAACGAUCGCUUUUGGAUUUUGACUUUGAACCCUCCUGCAGUGUCUCGUUACAAUCGGGUCCUCACAUUUACGGUUGUCUGGUCUGUGGCAAGUUUUUUCGAGGUCGCGGACAAACCACCCCCGCGUACACGCACAGCGUCCAAGACGGUCACUUUGUCUUUUUGCAUUUGGCCCAUUCCAAGUUCUACUGUUUGCCCGACAAUUACGAGAUUCAAGAUGCUUCGCUUCAAGAUAUUGCCGACGCGUUGCAUCCCACCUUUUCCUCGAGUGAAAUUGCCGCACUGGACUCCAAUACCAAAUUGGCCCGUGACUUGUUUGGACGAAGCUACUUGCCGGGAUUUGUCGGUCUCAACAAUUUGAACAAGACCGACUGCAUCAAUGCCUGUGUCCAAGCGUUGGCGCAUGUUCCGCCGUUAAGAGAUUACUUUUUGCGGCAACCACCACUUACUACUACUACGAGUAUAGAUGCCACAUCUUCGUCGUCGGAUUCCCAAAUUGUCUCGGCGGCACGCAUGUCCCAACACAUUACGCAUUGUUUUGGAGGAUUGGUCCGCAAGUUGUGGAGUGACAAACGAUUCAAAAAUCAUAUCGAUCCUCACAUGUUGACACAAGCCAUUGCCGCGGCCAGUCGAUUCCAAAUUGGAACCCAAAUGGAAGCGGGAGAAUUCAUGGCGUGGUUCUUGCAUCAACUUCAUCGGGGAUUGGGCGGGAGUGACAAGAAGAAAAAGAAGAAACGAAACUCUACUACUAGUAGUGACAAGACGAGUAUCAUUCAAACCAUUUUUCAGGGAUCCGUGCAAGUCACCACACGACAAUUGAAAAAACAAACCAAUGCAACACCCGAAGGACAAGAUGAUCGAGGAGGAAGUGGGGAUGAAGCUGAAGAUGAGGAAGAAGCCGACAAUACACCCAAAAUAGAAACGGAAGAAAUUGUCACCGAUUCCAACUUUCUCCAUUUGACAUUGGAUAUCUCGCAAAAACCACUCUUUCGCAACGAAGAUGGAGGAUUGGUCAUUCCACAGGAACCCUUGGUCACGGUCCUCAAAAAGUUUGAUGGCAUGUCCUUCUCCGAUGCCGUCAGUCGAUCGGGCGUGGCACAGCAGCGACGCUAUCGAAUCCGACAAUUGCCACCCUAUCUCAUUCUACACUUGGCACGAUUUCAAAGCAAUCGAUUCCUCAAGGAAAAGAAUCAUACCAUUGUGCCGUUUCCCGUCAAGAAUUUGGAUUUGGGCAAUUACGUAUUUGAUAAUACUGAUACAGAUACUACUGAGACUGACGGGAACAGUCACAAGAAAAAGCAGUUACCGACCGAAGAGGAAAUCCGGUCCAUGAGUAUCAAGGAACUCCGAGCCUUCUUGACGAAACACGGUCAGGAGCAUUUAAUGGACUACUCACCCGACAAGAAAGAACUAGUCGAUCACAUUGUUGACUUUACCACCAAAAGUCUACCCGACCUGCUUGCCGACAAGUACGAUCUGGUCGCCAACAUUACGCAUGAAAGCCCCGCCGAAGUGGGAAAGGAAGGACAGUCCGAUCCCCUGCAAGAGGGAUCCUACAAGUGCCAUGUCCAACAUCGAGGAACGCAACAAUGGUAUGAAAUUCAAGACUUGCAUGUACAAGAAGUCAUGCCGCAAUUGAUUGGACUGUCCGAGAGUUCCUUGCUCAUCUUUGAACGCAAGAACGCUUCCACCCUGUCGUAUGAACCGAAAGCAACAACCACCACCACCUCAUCCAAAAAGGCACGUCGCAAGACACAAAAAUGAGAAACUGGUCUCCUAACUGCAAGCAGAUUGGUUCGAAGGAAAGGGUGGGCGGGAUUGGGAACGAUGUAGGACGUAAUGGUGCAUCUGGGAAGUAUCAAUAUCAAUAGACUGUUUACUUUCCUAGCAGAAAUGCGUUCAAUGGUUAAAAGUGCC